UUCCAGUUUGCAGCGCCAUCGCCUAAUGUUCUGAACAAUUUAUUUUAUGCAGUUUUCAAAACGGUGAUGUCGGAUGGAAAUUUCGAGAAAUUCGGUGUUGAUAUCAAAAAUUUACGGAAACCGUACUGUAACAAGGAAGAACCUUUCCUGCUAGAAGAAAAUUUACCAUCAAAGAAUCCAUUUGAACUUUUUGAUAUAUGGUUCAGAAACGUUGCAAAAAAUAAGAAUGUGACAUUCGAAGAAGUUAAUGCUGUUUGCCUUUCAACUGUAAUCAAUAAUCAACCCAAGUCACGAAUGGUUUUAAUGAAAGAGUAUGACAGGGAAGGUCUGUGCUUCUAUACACACUAUAACAGUGCCAAAGGAAUGCAAAUUGAUAGGAAUCCUCAUGCUUCCAUGCUAUUUUACUGGCCUCAUGUUGAUAGACAAGUUCGAAUGGAGGGCAAACUUGAGAAAUUGCCUGUUGAAGCUGCAGAAGCAUAUUGGUAUCAUCGGCCAUUGAAAAGUCGUAUUGGUUCAAAAGUGAGCGAACAAAGCAAGAUGAUUCCAAACAGACAGUAUCUGGAAGACAAGAAAGUGGAAUUGGAGAAACUUGUCGCCGAAAAAGGUGAAGAGGCAAUCACUAGACCGGAAGACUGGGGUGGCUAUAGAUUGCGUCCACACUAUUUUGAAUUUUGGCAAGGUCAAACUGAUCGGAUACAUGAUCGUAUUGUAUUUGAAAAAGGAGCUGAUGAAACGGAAUGGUUGAUUAAGCGUCUUUCACCGUGAAAAUCACUCUCAAGGGAUCCUUGUUAAUCCAGCUGAUUGUCGAAUUCCUUCAAAUAUAGCUUUCACUGUAGAUAUAACCGUUAGUAGCUACUUAAAUGUCACAAAUUAAUAUAAACUUUGUAAUUAUAACCUAUACUCCAACAAAAGUUCCCUGAAAAAGUAA